AUGAACGGAUUUCUGUGCGUUCUUGGUGUUUUCUUGUGCGCAUGCGCUGUGACCCAAGGUCGACCAAAUGGGGCCCCGAAGGAGGCGUGUUUCUACAUGACCCCUCGACAUCUCCACCCACACACGUCUCGAAGGGUGUUCCCUACACAGGCUUUGGGUCUAUACAACAUAACCACCUCCGCUGACGUCUUCAGACCUGAUCGACCUAUUCGCGUUACGCUGUGGGGCCCGCCUUUCAAGGGCUUCAUGCUGAUUGCGGCGGAGGAGGGUUCCAAGGACUGGCCCACGGGCAUCUUCUACAGCGAGGACGGUAUGGCUCAGCGGAUGGACUGCCUGGGCCGCGGCGACACCGUCACGCACCAGAACAACUCUUACAAGGACUCCGUGUCGGUUCUCUGGUACGGGCCUGAGAGCUUGACCUCGGAGCAGGUCCAAUUCGUAGCCACUGUGGUCGUUAACCUGACUAUCUACUACACCAACAUCAGAUCUGGUUUCAUACGUCUGGAUCCAUCAAUCCAUGGAGUAGCACCGGGAGGCGCUGCCGAAGGCCAGGAGGUUGGUGCUGUCGCCGUUACCAUGGAUCCGUGGCUACAGGGCUCCGUGACACAGGCGCCGACCAACUGGUGGGGUCGCCAGGGUUCCGGAAACAGUUGGGGCUCAGGGGCGAGCGGAAAUUUACCUAACAGCUGGGGAGGAUCCGGAGCCAGAAGAGGCAAUCAGAUGGGUUCAUGGGGGGCAGGCGCGGCUGGUGGAGGAAACAUGAGGGCAGGAGGCAGUUCCGUGUUUACUUCAGGCAGUAGCGACUGGCAGCAAUGGGGCCAGGGAUCGCUAACAAGUAGCGCCGGUGGCGGCAAUAAGAAACCCACCGGACCACAAGUGAAUAAUAACGGCGGCCGAGCCCAGUGGGCGACAGCCAAUAACGGUGCGGGAUGGGGUCCCGGAAAUGAAAACUGGGGAGGUGUUCCGAUGGACGCACCUAACCCGAGUGGUAGACCAAUUUGGAACUGGAGUAAGGGUCAGAUUACAUCACCAGCGCCUUCCGCCGCUAAUCCCCCGGCAGCCGGCUCUGCGCUAUCUGUGUCAGCCAUUAUGGAACUUUUGAGCAGACUUACCGGGGUUGGUGGUCAGCAGACACCAGUGAAAUAAUUCUACUUAUGAAGCGUUCAUUUCAAACAAAGCCACCAUUUUCGUAAACGUCACUAAUAGCUUACCCACUGUAUUUCGGAAUCUUUGCGAUAUUUGCCGAAAAUGAACGGUUCAAUAAACUAUUGCUUUUUCAUGGGAUGCUGUAUUGCAGCUAGUCAUAUAAAAUUAAUUCUCAUAACAUAUCGUUUAUACAAAACAGGCUCGAAUGUAGUUCAAGUAUUUCCACUACUGCUUUGAUCAUUAGUGUAUACAAUCUUCAUUUUGGAAUGUAAAUCAUCCGACAUAGCAGUCUUACAUGGAUGUUUGAUAUUGCAAAUAAUCAUUGUGACGAUAUUAAUUCACCCAUUUAUGCCUAGCGUCUAGAAAAAAGGCCUUGGCAAACAGCGUAGACCAAGAUGAGACGCCGCAUGAUGCGGCGUCUCAUCAGGGUUUGCGCUGUUUGCUUAAAGGAAUUACUGUAAGAAAUAUUCUAAAUAUAUAAAUAAAUAUACUAAACAUCCCUAAUUUUGGAAAUAAAUUGAUCCAAUUUAGAAGGAUGGAAGAGUCCACCAGGCAUAAAUGGGUUAGUUAUUAUCAAAAUAUAUCGGCUAAUACCGCAGAACUGCGUAAUUCGGGACAUGCUCAUGUUAUGCUGGCCGACAUUUUUACGACAUCAAUAGAGACGUAAGUUAGUAAAUAUCCAAAUAUCUCGGCUAAUGCCCCCUAACUGCAUCGUUUGAGACAAGUGCAUGUUACGCUCGUCGACAUUAACUGGAUUGUGACCUUUACACAUGCACGUAUGAGUCGUGUUCUGAGAAACCUGGGCAUAAAGCAUGUGCGUAAAGUGUCGUCACAAAUUAGCCUGUGCAGUCAGCACAGGCUAAUAAGGGACGACACUUUCCGCUUUUAUGGUAUUUUUCGUUUAAACGAAUUCCCUUCUUACCGAAAAUCUUGUUGAGACGGAAAGUUUCGUCCCUUAUUAGCCUGUGUGGACUGCACAGGCUAAUCUGGAACGACACUUUACGCACAUGCAUUUUGCCCAGUUUUCUCAGAACGCGACUCAUAUUAAUAAGCCGCUUAACAGAGAAAUGUGGAUUUUGCCAUACACGGCCUUCGUAGCUCCAGGCCAUCUUGUUCGCAAGCGCAUUCUGGCCAUGGGAUAUACCCGGUCAACCAUGGCACUUUUUCGGGAUCUCAUAAGCUCGUAAGCUCAUUACCAGACUGCAUUUUCGCAUGACGCUGCUUAAAUGAACACAUUUGUUUUUGUUAUAACAAUAGGAGUUUAGUGGAUCAUACAAGUCUGGUAAGCCUGCUAAUUUACCGUUAUGUUGUCCCUUGUUCCCUUUCUGAAUCUCGCGCGCGAUCAAAACCGUGUAUGAACAACGUUUACGCUUUAAGCGUGUAAUUUAUGCUAAAAGUGUUCACACGUAUCUGAUAAAUGUUGGCGAGCGAUUAGCAUGCACCUUAAAUUGAUCAUAUAAAAUGCUU